AUGGGCGCCUUACUAUCUGUACCCUUUCUGGCCAUGCCCGCCAUGGGUACGGUUUGGAGCGUUGCCGCCUCCUGCUGUGGCGCCGCGACAUGCAGCGCCGUCAUGGGCUCUUGCGGAGGGAAAUGCGGUAACAGCAUCGCCACCCGUAUCGCAUACGCGCUCAUCCUUCUGGUCAACUCGAUUGUUUCAUGGAUCAUGCUCACCGACUGGGCCAUGAAGAAGCUGGCUCACCUCACUCUGGACUAUGUCGACAUCAAAUGCCACGGCGAACAAUGUUACGGAUAUGUCGCAGUACAGCGCAUCAACUUCGCGCUCGGUUUCUUCCACGUCAUUAUGGCGCUUAUGCUCAUCGGAGUACGGUCUUCCAAGGACGGUCGCGCGACCAUACAGAACGGUUUCUGGCUUCCCAAGAUCAUGGGCUGGAUUGGCAUGAUCGUUCUGACCUUUUUCAUCCCUAACUCGUUCUUCAUCGUCUGGGGCAACUAUUUUGCCAUGAUUGGCGCGUGUCUGUUCCUUCUCAUUGGACUCAUUCUGCUUGUCGAUCUGGCGCAUAACUGGGCCGAAUACUGCCAGGAGAAGAUUGAGACUACCGAGUCGCGCGUCUGGACAGGCAUGCUUGUUGGUAGUGCCAUGUCCAUGUACCUCGCCUCGAUCGCCAUGACCAUAAUCAUGUACAUUUUCUUUGCGAAGAGCGGAUGUGGCAUGAACCAGGCAGCUAUCACGAUCAACUUGAUCCUGCUCCUGAUUUCAUCCGUCGCAUCGAUUCACCCCGCAGUACAGGACGUCAACCCCCGAGCAGGUCUCGCCCAGUCCGCCAUUGUAGCCGUCUACUGCACUUAUCUCACCUUGUCCGCUGUGGGCAUGGAACCUGACGACCAUCAAUGCAACCCCUUGAUCCGUGCCCGUGGAACUCGUAAGGCGACUAUCAUCAUCGGCGCCAUUGUCACUUUCGUCACUGUUGCCUACACCACCACCCGUGCAGCAACGUACGGCCUCGCUCUUGGCGCCCAGGGCAACCCUCACGGAAACGGCUACGCUCAAGUCGGCACUGAAGACUACGAGCAUGGUCUCGUCACACAGCAACCUGAAUCACGCCGUGACAUGCGCCAAGCUGCCUUGCGCGCCGCUGUAGAGUCCGGUUCGCUUCCUGCUUCUGCUCUCGACGACUCAGACAGCGAGGACGAGGACGAUGAGCCCUCUAGCAAGAAGAACCCGCGCGAUGACGAGCGCAACGCGACGCAAUACAACUACACUCUCUUCCACAUCAUCUUCUUCCUCAGCACAACAUGGGUCGCUACUCUCCUCACCACCAACUUCGACGAGAAGGAUGUGUCUGGUAGCUUCGUCCCCGUUGGACGAACAUACUGGGCCAGCUGGGCGAAGAUCAUCAGCGCAUGGGUUUGCUACGGCAUCUACACAUGGACGUUGGUCGCUCCUCUCGUGCUGCCAGAUCGGUUUGACUAUUAG